GCCGGAUCCGGAGGGACGCGGGCGCCGAGCCAGAGGUUCCGGGGUACGGGAUGCGAGCGGGAGGCGCAGACGGGCCGAGGUGAGAGCAACCCGCCGCGAUGGAGUCGCCCGAGGAGCCCGGGGCCUCGACGGAGGAGAACUACUUUGUGAACUACACGUUCAAGGACCGCUCCCACUCGGGCCGCGUGGCCCAGGGCAUCAUGAAGCUGUGCCUGGAGGAAGAGCUCUUCGCCGACGUCACCAUCUCGGUGGAAGGCCGCGAAUUCCAGCUGCACAGGCUCGUCCUGUCGGCCCAGAGCUGCUUCUUCAGGUCCAUGUUCACGUCGAACCUGCGCGAGGCCCACAACCGCGUGAUCGUGCUGCAGGACGUGAGCGAGUCGGUGUUCCAGCUGCUGGUGGACUACAUCUACCACGGCACGGUGAAGCUGCGCGCGGACGAGCUGCAGGAGAUCUACGAGGUCUCCGACAUGUACCAGCUCACCUCGCUCUUCGAGGAGUGCUCCCGCUUCCUGGCCCGCACCGUGCAGGUGGGAAACUGCCUGCAGGUGAUGUGGCUGGCCGACCGGCACAGCGACGCGGAGCUCUACGCCGCGGCCAAGCACUGCGCCAAGAUCCACCUGGCGCAGCUGCAGGACACCGAGGAGUUCCUUCAUCUGCCCCAUCACUUGCUCACUGACAUCAUCAAAGAUGGAGUCCCACGUUCCCAGAACCCAUCAGAUGCAAUAGAAACCUGGGUCAACUUCAACAAAGAAGAGCGAGAGAGUUUUUCAGAAUCACUCAGGUCCAGUUUAAAGGAAAUUGGAGAGAAUGUACACAUUUACCUAAUUGGGAAGGAAUCAUCUCGCACUCAUUCCCUGGCUGUCUCCCUACGUUGUGCUGGGGAUGACUCUAUCAGUGUAAGUGGCCAGAACAGCUUGUGCCACCAGAUCACAGCGGCCUGCAAGCAUGGCGGUGACCUGUAUGUGGUAGGUGGGUCGAUUCCCCGACGCAUGUGGAAAUGCAACAACGCAACGGUUGACUGGGAGUGGUGCGCUCCCUUGCCACGUGACCGGCUCCAGCACACCCUGGUCUCUGUGCCCGGAAAAGAUGCCAUCUACUCUUUAGGUGGCAAGACCCUGCAAGAUACCCUUUCCAAUGCUGUUAUCUACUAUCGAGUGGGGGACAACGUCUGGACGGAGACCAGCCAGUUGGAGGUGGCCGUAUCAGGGGCUGCUGGCGCCAAUCUCAACGGGAUCAUCUAUUUGCUAGGAGGUGAGGAGAAUGACCUGGAUUUCUUCACAAAACCUUCUCGGCUUAUUCAGUGCUUUGAUACGGAGACGGAGAAAUGCCACGUGAAGCCCUACGUGCUACCCUUUGCAGGUCACAUGCAUGCUGCUGUACACAAGGACCUGGUGUUCAUCGUGGCAGAAGGGGACUCCCUAGUGUGCUACAACCCGCUGCUGGAUAGCUUUACCCGCCUUUGCCUUCCAGAAGCCUGGAGUUCAGCUCCCUCCCUCUGGAAGAUUGCCAGUUGCAACGGCAGUAUUUAUGUAUUCCGGGACCAUUACAAAAAGGGGGAUGCCAAUACUUACAAGCUUGACCCUGCCACCUCAGCUCUAACAGUCACCAGUGGCAUCAAGGUGUUGCUCACCAACCUGCAAUUUGUAUUGGCCUAAGGUCCUGCAGAGAGGCGUAGACAACUACUAUGCCCUCCUUUUCCCCAGGUCACUUCCUUCUCUUCCUCACCCUGGCUUGAAAGGCCUCCUAACCCAUUGUUCCAAGGAAUCCUGUCUCUAAGACCACUUCUGCUGCUCACCAAGCUGCAGUAGGCUACAGUUCUUGGGGCUUUUUACACAGAGGCAUCUCAUACCCCUACCUGGAAUUAAGGGUAGGCUAGCCUGCUAUUUGCAAUCCCCUGUGCUUGGUUUAGACAGAGCCACUCCUAAAUCUUUUUGGCGCAGCUUUCCCUCUGAACAAUGUUAAACGUGAGGGCCCCUCACCCUAGGGCCUAAAAGGGCCUUUGCUUUCUGGGGAACUGAGUCGAAGGAUGCUGUUUGCUUGUGAACUAGAGAAAACAGUUUGCAGUUUUCCUUCAGGCUCUAAUCUAUGCUUUUAGUGAGGGAAUUCAGCCUCGGGUAUUGCUUAGCUGCUCUUUAGGGACCACCAUGAUCUAGAAUUCUGGGAAUUCUCUAGAGUAUCUUCUUAUUUGUCAAAGUAAAUGGCACUUAUUUCUACAUUACCCCAUGACUAUCUUUGGGGCAAAGAUACUGUUUCUGAUCUACAGCAGAAACUAUCUUUCAAACAUGGAAAUAAGCCAUUCUUGUAGAGGCUGUGAACCCAGGCAAAAGCCAGGAUUGUUCUCGUAAUAAAAGUCUUUGGUGGGAUGUAUAUGUGUUUGUGUCUAUCACUGAAUAGGUCACCUCCAAAAGCCAUGUGACUACAUGCCCAAGACUUGCCGGUGUGACAUUCUCUCUCAGCCAAGAUCAAGAGCUGUAAAAAGACAUCUGUGAAGGUCAAGAACUAUGGUCUUUCUCUUCCCCUUUCCCAGGGUUAAGAUGCUUUGUAGUGACAAAUGCUAAGAGGAAAAAUGUUGGGCACAUGGGGCCUCAAUAUAUACUUAUCAAAUAGAAUUUUUCUUGGCCCCAAUGUAGUAAAAGAUAAAAAUCCAUUGAGAACUGAGGCUACACUUAGUUUCUGUUGUACCAUGGACAGUUUUCUGAGACUGGAACAAAACAAAGCAGACAAAAAAGGACGGUUAUCCAUCCUUUGCCACAUUUCUGGUAGAGCAAGAUGUUUUUUCUGUCUAUUACAGGUUAAAGCUCCUAGGGUCCACUGAAUGCAUUUCUUUAUUCCACAAUGAGCAGCAGAGUCUUAAGAGUUCUUUCCAGUCCCCCUACUUCAUUCAUGAGCUGGUACUUCUUGGGAAGCCUUAGUUUUUUUCUGCUUCUGCCAUGACCUGUUUGUGGAAUUCCUUGAGGACCUGUACCUGCCGAGGUCGGAUGUGGAUGUGGGAACGGAUCUUGGCAAUAGCCUUCACUGCCUCCUCUGGACUCCACUUGUAUACCUGGAACAAAAGGAAAGUGAGAAAAGCAUGAAUGGAGGAAAGUCCCCGCCCAAGCCCAAAGACCAGGUGCUGAGGGACUAGGGACUACUUUUCUCUCAAGUCACUUUUGAACUGAAUUUUAUUUAGAAGUAUUUUCUGUUGCAGCUUUCUCCAUGCACACGAUUUGAAAAUUUGUCUUGGAUUUUCCUUGGCAGGUAAGUAGUCAUUGUCUCUAAUUUCAUGAACUUGUUCUUGCUUUAACAGACCUCUCCAGGCUGGUAGUGCUACAAAGCAACGUACCCUAGUCACGGAGAGGAGCCUGAACUGCCAACCAGCUCUUUCCAAAACAAGGGACUGAGCCAGGCAAGACAGGAGAUGUUUCAGUGAGAUUCCUCCAGACAAUUAAAAACAACUAUUUUUGUCACUGCUUUAUGUCAAGGCUGUCGAAUUAGAUUAGAAAUGGAGAGAGCCAGGAUCCCUUUGAAGUCCUUGCCUGACAGAUCAGGUCUUUGUUCUUCAGGCCUGAAACUCUUGAGCAGAAGGCAUAUGUAAAGCAUCACUCCUCCAGCUAAUCGGCAGUACCCAAAGAAACCUGUGCUUGGACUCACUGCUGCCCUGAAAACAUCGUUCUCUUUCUUAAGCUUUGUGUGUUCCAUUGGUUCAUGAUAGAGAAACAUAUUUGUUCAAUGAAUAAUCAUUUGUUGAGUGACUUCUAUGUGCGAAGCACUAGUAGGUGCUGGGAGAGAUACAAAGAUAGUUGAGAAGUCCUCACAACUUUCCUCUUUCUACUUGGGGAGAAGAAACCUGAAGUGUGCUAUAAGGCUGUUUGUGCUGUCUUUACUAGAUUUCUGACUGGUUGCCUUCUUUUGCCACAGUGGUCUAUUAGUAGGACAGCUCUGAAGUGUGUGAUGGGGUCCCUGGAAGGGUUUGUAUGGAACUCUGCCCAAUCUCAUACCUGUAUCAAAUAGGCUGCCACCAUAGUGGCGCUUCUGGAGCGCCCAGCCUUGCAAUGAACAUAGACACAUUUCUCCAGUGCCAUGUACUUUAGGGUGAACUGGACACCUUUCUUUAGGUUUUCCAAAGUUGGGACUCCAGUCAUAUCCACUGUGCUGAGACGCAAUUGCUCUACUCCAAGCGCUUUCCAUUCCUGGAACCAAUUCCAGCAGUAGAAAAAGAAAAUGAAACAGACUGUGGGUGGUAUGAGGGUGAACACAUUAGAUUCAGCAGAACAGAAAAAGAAAGUGAAACAUGAUGUGGUUGGCAGGAGGGCGAACACGUUAGAUUCGGCAGAACAAAACAUGAUCAUUGCCAGGGUUGACGUUAACAAUGUCUAAGUAAAAUUUAACAUUCCUUGUUUUGUAAAAUACAAGCCUUCUGCAUAAAGGUCUCCAAGAUGGCUGAUCCUGUGUUAAUAAUUAAGGAAAGAAGAGUUGCUCUUUUAACAAUGGAAACAUUUUAAAGAUUUAACACAAUCUUUUUUUAAUGCCUCUCUUGGCUAUUUUAAUUUUCUGUUACAGAAUUUCCCACUACAGAAUAUCUAACAGCUGUAGAAUUGUAUGAUUCUGUCUUUGGAUCAACCUGCCACCUGAGUAGUUUCUUGGAUUUGUGGAACUUUUUUUUUUUAAUUUUCCACAAGAGAUUUUUAAAAAUUAAUUUAUUUUUAGUUUUCAACAUUCACAUUUAUAACAUUUUGAGUUCUAAAUUUUAUCCCUCUUCCUGCCCCUCCCCAAGAUGGCAUACAAUCUGAUAUAGGCCACACAUGUACAAUCAUAUUAAGCAUAUUUUUAUGGAACUAUUUCACAGAUUCUCUAAACCUGUAUGGAAGUAUACCCACUAAGGGGUGGGGGAGAAAUAGGGGUAGGAAAAGGAGGAGAGUGCAUAAACUGGGAAAUUAAAUUGUUACUUGAAAGACAGAAGAGAUACAAACAGGAAGGGGCUUUUAUGGUAUCUUGGCAAUUUUAUUUUUAAGACUUCGGAGUAUACUUACGAGUGUAUAGUUAAUUGGGUCUCAGUCCUACUCGGAAAACCCUAAAGCAUGGCAAAAUGGCCGUAAUUUAAAAACUUAGAUUAAAGGUAUAAAUAAUGUGUUAUUUUGGAGAUUGAUUUUUUGAAAAAAUAUUGAUAUUCAUAAUACAUAUGGCAAUCAUGCUUUGUUUCCAAAUCUGAAAUUGGCAAGCCUAAUCAGGGCAUACUUCGUAGAAAUUGUAUAUCCCUCAAUUGCCCUACAACUGACAAGACUAAUACAUGUUUUAAGGUCUGGCUAAGGAUCUCUGAAGCAAAUACUCUUUAAGAAGUACAAGAAAAUCUCAGAACAUUCAAAAAUGUGCUUUAAAGUUACUCAGGUCUUUUGAAAAUAACUAGCUUCCCCUAAGGAGUCAGCAAGCCAGAAACAAAAUUUUAGAUUGCUAAUAUGCUCAUGUUAAGCACUCCCCAAAUGGGUAGUCCAGCAAAGGCUCUAGAGCAGGCAUGAAGCUUCGUACUAUCGUACCCAGGUCCUAUCUGAAAUAUUAUUACGUUGUGUACAACUCUGGAAUAAAUGUCAUUUUAAACUGUAAUAAAUUUGCUUUCAAAAUGUCAUUUCCAGAUUAUUCCUCUCCUAACUACAAUCUAAAUUGUAUACAAUCCCACAUGUGGCCCUUAGGUCCUAAAGUGCGGUCCUUUGACUGAGUCAAGAUUUGUAUUGUAAAACCUGGAUCAGUCAGAAAACUGAUUAGAGGACGUAGGGGGCAUGUGGCUUCAAGGUUGAAGUUUACCCACCCCUGUUCUAGAGUAUUUCCGAUUUAAAACAUUCUCUAUAUGUUCUCCCAAAACUAAUAUGGAGUAGGUUAGCAUUUUAUCAGUAUUAUCAUGAAGACAUGUUUCUAUAGUAUAGGAUCUACAGAAAGUCCUUGUUAGAAUCUUCAAACUUUCUAGUAACUUGGGUUGUAGAGAUGAUAGAAACAAUGUGUAAUCUGUCUAGUAAGGAUGGUGAAUCUUUUUUUAACAGCCAGCAUGGACAUAAAUUUUGUUUAACAAAGGACCUGGUUUGUAUUCUCAUCAAAUAGUGCCAAUUUUUGUCACAGGAUCUGAAAUAUUAUUAUGUUGUGUACAACUCUGGAAUAAAUGUCGUUUUAAACUGUAAUAAAUUUGCUUUCAAAAUGCCA